UGCUGCUGAAAAUGCGAGGCUGCUUACGGGGAGUAGGAGAGAGCAGCAGACUCCUGUAUACUUUAGCUGCUGGAGAGCAGCCUGCUGUAGUUGUUGGGGUGCAUCAUGGAGAAGCAGACAACACGUUCACACUCACACCAGCAGGAGAAAAAUUAGAUGCAUUAGCUAGCGGAGAAAUUAGUUCUCGUUUACUCAACUCUGGAUCAUUACUCAAGGGUGGUAGCUGGCGGUUGGUUGGUAAGGUGCACCCUGACCUGGGUCAGGUAGUAGCUGUAGGGUUGGGUAAACCUAGUGGAGUACAGGACGAGGAAAACAUAGAUAUGGAUCGGGAAUCUGUCAGGAAAGCUGCUGCAGCCGGAGUCAGAGCUGUCACAGAUUUAGGAUUAAAGGAAGUUCAGAUUGAGAAUUUUGGAGACUGUGAGGCAGCAGGGGAGGGGGCAACCUUGGCAAACUGGGCUUUUGAUAGAUUUAAAGCAGAGAAGAAGCCUCGACCAGCAGUAACCCCGCUAGAUUCGUUUACUGAAGAAUGGUUGAACGGAGUAAGGUUGGGAAGUGCCCAAAACUUUGCAAGAGACCUGAUGGAGUGCCCCGCCAAUCAUCUUACACCAACUCUAUUCGUAGCAGAGGUCAUUCAACAGAUGAAAGGUCUUCCGGUCAAUAUAGAAGCCAGGGAUCAGAGUUGGGCGGAGAAGAUGGGAAUGGGAUCAUUUCUGAGUGUAUCUCGAGGAUCUAGUGAACCUCCGAUGUUUCUAGAGAUGAGUUUUCUUAACGGAGUCAAGGACGCAGAUCCGAUAGUAUUGGUAGGCAAAGGGGUUACCUUUGAUACCGGCGGUAUCUCUAUCAAACCCUCCGCCAAGAUGGAUAAAAUGAGGGCGGAUAUGGGCGGAGCGGCGACCGUAACUGCGACCCUGAAAGCUGUGGCGGAGGCGGCUUUGCCGGUUAAUCUAAUAGUGUUGGUUCCUCUGACUGAAAAUAUGCCGGGGGGUAGAGCAACUAAACCCGGAGAUGUCGUCACUGCUAUGAAUGGAAAAACUAUUCAGGUUGAUAAUACUGAUGCAGAAGGAAGACUAAUUCUUGCAGAUGCGCUAACUUAUGCUGAUAAAUUUAACCCUCGAUGUGUAUUAGAUGUAGCAACUCUAACCGGAGCUAUGAUGGUUGCGCUAGGAACAGGAGCUACCGGAGUAUUCUCAACCUCAUCAAAGGAUUUUGAUGUUCUCUCAGCCGCAGGACGGAAAACCGGAGAUAGAGUUUGGAGGAUGCCUUUAUGGCAGCACUAUACACAACAGAUGAAAAAAUCUCCAUUAGCUGACCUUAACAAUAUCAGCCUUACACCAGGAGGGGGCGCCUGUACAGCUGCCGCUUUUCUUAAAGAAUUCACAAGUUGUAAAAACUGGAUGCAUCUUGAUAUUGCAGGAGUAAUGGAGAAUGAAGGAGCUGUUUCCUAUAUGGGAUCUGGGAUGUCGGGUAGACCUACCAGAACACUCUUCCAGUUCGUCAAGGACCUACAGUAGGAAUCAGGACGUCAAGAACCUACAGUAGAAAUUAGGUGGUCAAGAACCUACAGUAGAAAUUAGGUCGUCAAGAACCUACAGUAGGAAUUAGGUGGUCAAGAACCUACAGUAGAAAUUAGGUGGUCAAGAACCUACAGUAGAAAUCAGGUCGUCAA